AGGCAGAAAGUUGGAGCAGCUUUUGUUCUCAACUUUUUGUACGCGUGUGAGCUGGAGCCGCAGACUGGAAGCACUGGGAGCGCUGGUGCGAGCUCCGAGAGUGUGUGUCCGCGCUGUGUGUGACUGUAACUGCGGCUGUGUGUGUGAGUGAGUGUGUCUGUGGUUCGGGACCCCCACCUCCAGCUGUCCCACCGACCCCUGCGCGCUCUCCAAGCCGCCUCUCGCUGCUCCUCAGACGGCCUCGCAGGCAGCCGCGCCCCGCUGCUCUACGCUGGAGGAGAGAGGAGGAGGGGAUGGAGGAAUGAGGGGGAGCCGGGUGGGAGCAGAGAGCAGGCUGAGAGCUCGGAGCGGCUGAAGGAGCCGGUGCCGUGACUCCCUCCGGCCUCCAUCUUGGACACUUUGAGGACUUUUUUCUUUUUCUCGAACUUUUCGGCUCCAAUGAGGCGCGCGCGGCCGGCGGAGACCGAGCCCAGCUGACGUCAGUGAUCGGUGAUCGAUAGGUGCGACCGGGACGGAGUAAUGGGGGCUCAGCGGGGCCCCGUGGCCCACGGCCGGGCCUCCUCCUGCCGCGGGCUGCUGCUCCUCCCGCUGCUGGCGGUGCUGCUGGGCUCCUGCAGGGCGGAGGAAGAUGUGCUGAUGAACACCAAGCUGGCCACAUCUGACCUAAGAUGGACGAGCUACCCUGCUGAUGACUCGCAGUGGGAGGAAGCGAGCUCGAGGGACGAUCAGCAAAACACUGUGCGGACCUAUGAGAUCUGCACCAUCACUAGCACUUCUUCCUAUUGGCUGAGGACGCGCUGGAUCCCUCUGAAGGGCCCGGCCUGGAUGGAGAACCCUUACAUCAAAGUGGCGACAGUCGCCGCCGACCACCUGAUGCUGCGUGACGCCAGGGGCCGCCCUAAUGUCAAGGUGCUGCGGCUGGAAGGACUGCGUAAGGCGGGGCUUUACCUGGCCUUCCAAAGCCAGAGCGCCUGCAUGGCGUUGCUCUCCGUGCGUGUGUUCUACAGGAAGUGCCCGCCCCUGCGCCGCGCCUUCGCCUCUUUUCCUGAAACCGUCCCCCACUCGCUGGUGGAGCAGGCUCAGGGUGUGUGCGUGGAGAAUGCUGUGACGCCGCCUGGCGAGCAGUCACAACCUCCCAGCAUGCUUUGUGGUGAAGACGGGGAGUGGGUAGGACAGCCGACGUCCAGCUGCGCCUGUCGUCCUGGAUACGAAGCAGGAGAGACCGACGUACGCUGCAGAGCCUGUCCGUCCGGUCAUUUUAAAGCCGAGUCAGGACCUGUUGGCUGCAGCUCCUGUCCAGCCAAUAGCAACACAAGAAUCCCAGGCUCCGCCUACUGCCCAUGUCACUCUGGUUUCUAUCGAGCCGACUCGGACCCGCCGCACAGUGCCUGCACACGAGGAAGAGGAGCGCGCACAUCCACGACAAGAGCGGCCACUACCAGAUGGGGCAGACGAUGAAGGUUUACAUCGACCCGUUUACCUACGAGGACCCAAAUGAGGCCGUGAGGGAGUUCGCCAAAGAGAUCGACGCCUCCUUCGUUAAGAUCGAAGAGGUCAUCGGAGCAGGUGAGUUUGGCGAGGUGUGUCGUGGUCGGCUGAGGAUCCCGGGCAGGAAGGAGAACUACGUGGCCAUUAAGACCCUGAAGGGGGGCUACACGGAAAAGCAGAGGCGGGACUUCCUGUCGGAGGCGUCCAUCAUGGGACAGUUCCAGCACCCUAACAUCAUCCACCUGGAGGGAGUCAUCACCACUUCCUGCCCCGUCAUGAUCCUCACCGAGUUCAUGGAGAACGGGGCGCUCGACAGCUUCCUGAGGAUGAAUGAUGGCCAGUUUACCACCAUCCAGCUGGUGGGGAUGCUGCGCGGCAUCGCAGCAGGAAUGAAGUAUCUGUCUGAAAUGAGCUACGUCCAUAGAGACCUGGCGGCUCGUAACAUCUUGGUGAACUCCAACCUGGUCUGUAAGGUGUCAGAUUUUGGCCUGAGCAGGUUUCUGACUGAAAACUCGUCAGACCCGACGUACACCAGCUCUCUGGGCGGCAAGAUUCCCAUUCGGUGGACGGCUCCUGAAGCCAUCGCGUACAGGAAGUUCACUUCAGCCAGCGACACGUGGAGUUACGGGAUUGUCAUGUGGGAAGUGAUGUCAUACGGGGAGCGACCGUACUGGGACAUGAGCAACCAGGACGUGAUAAACGCCAUCGAGCAAGACUACAGGCUUCCCCCGCCGCCGGAGUGCCCCGCCUCCCUGCACGCGCUCAUGCUGGACUGCUGGCAGAAGGAGCGAGCCAACCGGCCGAGGUUCUGCGACGUGGUGGCGGCCCUCGACAGGCUGAUCCGAAACCCCACCUCCCUGAAAGUGACGCACCCAGAGGCACAGAGCCUGUCCCAUCCUCUGUUGGACCAGCGAGUCCCGCCUCCUCUGUCGGCAUGCGGUUCGGUCUCCGAGUGGCUCCGAGCCAUAAAGAUGGAGCGCUACGAGCAGAGCUUCCUGCAGGCCGGAUUCACCAACCUGGACAUCGUCUCGCAGCUCAACACUGAAGACCUCCUCAGAGUGGGCGUGACCCUCGCAGGGCACCAGAAGAAGAUACUCUCCUCCAUCCAGACGCUCAGGAUACACAAAGCUCCACCCACCAUGCUCUACUGACCACUCGCAGCCUGGUCACAGCACAACACUCAAAAUGACCCUGACGCUGUCCACCGUUGUACCCGAUCCAGCCAAUGGGAACGCUUUACAGCCUGAAACACUAACUGAUGCAGUUUCAACCAAUCAGAACGAAGGAAUGAGAUGACCAUUCUUUGACGGGCUGGUUGAACCUCAGGAUUUCUAUUGGCUCGUCUCGCUCAACCACAUCCCGAGGUUGCUUGUUUUUUUAAAUCCACUCUGAACAGCAGAGCUCACAGAAAUCAGCCAAUCAGCAUCCAGCACAGAAAGGAUGUUGGAAGACUUUGGAAACUAUUCCUUAUGUGGACUCUUCUGAUUGGAUGUUCCUCCACUGUAAAGACCAAGCUCCGCCCCUUGCUGGGAGCAUCGCUUUCCCAGCCUGUUUGAUGGCUGGAUUUCCAGGGCAGGAGGAUUUUCCACUGAAGAAACACCAAGAAAGAAAAAUUACAGGCAGAAAAUGACUAAAUUCUGCUGGAAACACAAGCAGGAUACUUUGGUUUGUACUUCCUGUAGAAGAAACAAACCCUUUGCAGGAUGCUGCCACUGUGACCGCACAGACCUGAGAGCCUUUUAAAAUGAGCCGAACGGGUUUUACGGUGACGUGGCCGGUGUUUGAGUUUCUUCAAGCAGGAAUCUGAACACACGUGUUUCUGAAGGACAUCUUGGGAAUGUGGGACAUGCGGGAAUUCCAACGCACCGGUCGGUAAUCUCCCUCUCAGUGGGAUUAUUUCCACACCAGCGUUCAGGACCAUCUGAAGGGAUUCGUGAUGUGACCGGUCAGCAUGUUCUAGCAAAGUUUCAGCAUCAUACUGUUUGUAAUCUGUGAGGAAUAUUCUGGGGUUGCCUCAGAAAACACCGGUGUACUUUUCAAGGAAGUCUUUGGGAAUGUUCGCUCCCUGCUCAGACCAGAACUUUUCCAAAUGUGACUCAUCGGGUGCUGAAAUUCUCUGGAUUAAGGGAAGUCACGUGGGAGUAUUUAACUGUACACACGGUAGUUUUCUCAAUCAGACUGAAAGUUUUUUAAAUUGUUCGGUGCCUACAAACGAUCGAAGCCCACCUGUAGUGGGUUUCUGUGUUGUGAACGUACUCAAGUGUAUUUUGUCCUCCAGCUGUAAGGCAUCCAUCAUCUACAUGAUCUCCCCUUUGUAGACUCAGCUCCCUGUGGCCUAAACGUACGUGACUGUCAUUUAUCAGCCUUUCACGUGUUGGGAUGAAGCCACUGCAGGUUUAAUGUUUUUGAGACCAUUUUCCACAGGAAGUGAAAAGCCAUUCAAAGCUUCAGUGUUGGACACGAGGACUACGUUUGAGGACUACAGCAGACAUCUUUUUGUUUAAUCGUGAACUAUUGAUGCUUUUGUAUCGUAGCACUUUUUUUUUGUACCUGAUAUUUGAUCGUAUUUUUACACAAAGCAGGAGAUCAGAGUUUUUAUAGUAAACCUACAUUUCAGGCGAAACGUCGUCUUCACUUUCUGAAGAGAAACGUAUAAAAACAAUCCUUAGCUUUCACGGAGGCGAGUGAGACGAUCCAGGUUCAGGACCAAAGAUCACAUCUGCCCACUGGAGCGAGACUGUGCGUCUGCCUCGCUACAUAAAUGUUUAACAGCGGCCCACAAACCAGCUCUUCCACUUUUACAACACUAACAUUAACCAUCAGGCCAACAUUUGGCAGUUUGCCUCUUCAGUCUCUUCUGUUCUCCGGCCAAACACUCAUUAAUGUGAGGAGCAGUCUUUGUUAGUGAUGCUUCACAGACAGGAAAUAGCUGCCAUCACCUUCCUCACCGAGCCACCAUCGUGGUCAUCGUCUCAGGUGUAACUCCAGCAGAUGAUGAUCAGCCAGUUAAAACCACCGAACUAAUCAUGUGACCUGGAGGAGAUUGUCCACUGCAGUGUUUCUGCAGAGGUUUGCAUGCAUGCAAAGGAGCUGUUGGGUAACAGAAUAUAACAGGUGUUACAUUUUUGAACAUCACGAUAAGUCUCGUAUCCUGUCGUUGCAGAGCAGUAACCUGGUAGGAACAGACGAGACUGAAAAGGCCUCUGAGAUCAGAGCUGACUGAAAUAUAGAACAAAAAGAAGGGAUUGUUGGCUGUAGAUCAGGGGUGGCCAACUCCAGGCCCCGAGGGCUGGUGUCCUGCAGGGUUUAGAUCUCACCGUGGGUCAACACACCUGAAUCACAUGAUUAGUUCAUUACCAGGCCUCUGGAGAACUUCAGGACAUGCUGAGGAGCUAAUUUAGCCAUUUAAAUCAGCUGUGUUGGAUCAAGGACACAUCUAAAACCUGCAGGGACACCGGCCCUCGAGGCCGCCCCUGCUGUAGAUCCUUCGGUUAUAGGGUGGAACUUUUGGAUGGAUGAAAACAUGAAACUGCCAAAAGGAGCUGCCGACAUACUUUGGUGGGCCUCCAGCUGGAGGCUGAAACAUCCAGUAAACCUUCUGAUCAUCAGGGUUGAAUCACGAUGGUCUGAAAGUCUGAGUAAUCCACUUCUAAUGGUAUUUUUACUGAAUCGCAUAAACUGGUUCAUUGGUCCAUUACCUGCCAGUCAAAGCACUAACGGGCCAAUAACAGCUCCUCUUUGUCAUGCCUCCUUUCUGUAAGUCACAGUGUUGCAUGAUGGGAGUUUGAGUCAGUGGCAGUCCACCAUCGAUCCACUUUCAUUGGACGGACAAAUGUAAACACUUUGUUUUGGGAAACAAGUUUUAUUUAAAUGCGUAAUUUUGAAUGUUGUGAACUCAGCUCUGCCUUUUAUACGUCCACACUAAUGUAUGAGAAUAUUUUUAUUGUUAAUAAUGUUGUCAUAAAGAAGGAUGUCCACUGGGCGAGGGAAAACUCCAAUAAAGAUGCCCGACGACACGUCUGCUGCCUGUCUGUCUGCUUUACGUUAAAACCAGGAGAAAACUUUUACUGUGCCAGGCGUUUCCAGUUAUUUAUGAAGUAAAACCAAACUCGGGCGCCUCUUUGCAGCCGUGUUACGUCUGAGUCACCGUCGGUGACAAAUACGUUAGCGCGCAGAUAUCAGAGGACGUGUUGUUUCGAGCUCGCAGGGGUCGGGAAGGAAACGUGGUUUGGCCUGAGUUAAGCUCCAGAUGAGACGGGAUAGAUCCACUCCAGGCUCAGCAGGUUAAACCCCCGAUGGGAGCGUAAGAACACGGCGCUCGGCAGAUCAAACCCAAAGGUGGGCCAGCUUUAAGACGAGCUACAGGUUAAGGUUAGGUAUGAAUCGUUGUAAUUAUGAGUUUAGAGCAUCUGAGUCAGAGGGCUGGGUUUGGAUUAGAGCGGGUUUAUCCCGUUAGAAGACGGGAUUUUGGUUUUUGAAUGUUGUUCUUUCAAGUCACGCAACCA